CCCACCUCGUCCAACACGUCCGGCUGAGCCGCACCGGCCGGCCUCUUUGCCGCGGCGCAUUCCGCCUGCAGUGGUGCCGGCACUGCGCCUGCGCUCGGACAAGCCGGCCGGGUUUUAGAAAAAACAAAACAGAGAGAGAGAGAGAGAUGGAGGAGGGGGGGCGCUAACGCUCAGACUCUAUGGUUGGUGUGGCUGGAGAAAUACAGUCAGGCGACAGAGAGAGGGAGGGGGGUGCAGCCAGCAGGGAGCUCUUUGUUUCCGCAGAAAGCGAGGGGGAAGACGCGCCGGUGAGACCUGCAUUUGCCCUGAGCUGGACGGUGCUCACUGGUUUCCCCACUAGCUGCAUCAGGCGAAGAUGUCGACCCCGGACCCCCCUAUGGGUGGGACCCCCAGGCCAGGACCCUCCCCUGGCCCGGGACCCUCCCCUGGCGCCAUGCUGGGCCCCAGUCCCGGGCCAUCUCCGGGCUCUGCUCACAGCAUGAUGGGACCCAGCCCAGGACCCCCGUCUUCUGGGCACCCCUUGCCCCCACAGGGACCUUCGGGGUACCCUCAGGAUAACAUGCACCAAAUGCACAAGCCCAUGGACCCCAUGCACGAGAAAGGCAUGCCCGACGACCCCCGUUACGGGCAGAUGAAGGGGAUGGGCAUGAGACCGGGGGGGCACAGCGGCAUGGGACCGCCCCCGAGCCCCAUGGACCAGCAUUCACAAGGUUACCCCUCCCCGCUGGGUGGAUCGGAGCAUGCGCCCAGCCCCGUCCCCGCCAACGGCCCUCCCUCGGGGCCCCUCAUGCCCCAAGGCCCUGGUGGGGUGCCCAUAGACGGAGGGGAUCCCCAGGUGCUGGGCCAGCAGAACCGGGGCGGGCCGACGCCCUUUAACCAGAACCAGCUGCACCAGCUGCGCGCUCAGAUCAUGGCCUAUAAGAUGCUGGCGCGCGGGCAGCCCCUCCCGGACCACCUGCAGAUGGCCGUGCAAGGGAAGAGGCCCAUGCCCGGGAUGCAGCAGCAGAUGCCAAGCCUACCUCCGCCUUCCGGACCGGGGGCAGGACCCAGCUCAGGACCCGGCCCGGCUCCCUCCAACUACAACAGACCUCACGGUAUGGGGGGUCCGAACAUGCUUCCUCCAGGGCCCACGGGUGUCCCUCCAGGUAUGCAGGGACAGCCCCCCAACGGACCCCCAAAAACCUGGCCUGAAGGUGAGGAGGCGCAGAUCUUCCAGUUUGUGCUGCUGGUGGGGGGAGGAUUGCAGGCUCGCAUCGCCCAUCGCAUACAGGAGCUUGAGAACCUCCCAGGCUCACUAGCUGGGGACCUCCGGACCAAAGCCAAUAUUGAGCUCAAAGCACUGAGACUGCUGAACUUCCAGAGACAGUUACGCCAAGAGGUGGUGGUGUGCAUGCGCCGGGACACGGCCCUGGAGACGGCGCUCAAUGCCAAGGCCUACAAGAGGAGCAAGCGGCAGUCCCUGCGCGAGGCCCGCAUCACCGAGAAGCUGGAGAAGCAGCAGAAGAUCGAGCAGGAGCGCAAGCGCAGGCAGAAGCACCAGGAAUACCUCAACAGCAUCCUCCAGCACGCCAAGGACUUCAAGGAGUACCACCGCUCCGUCACCGCCAAGAUCCAGAAGCUCACCAAGGCCGUGGCCACGUACCACGCCAACACGGAGCGCGAGCAGAAGAAGGAGAACGAGCGCAUCGAGAAGGAGCGCAUGCGCCGGCUGAUGGCUGAGGAUGAGGAGGGCUACAGGAAGCUGAUCGACCAGAAGAAGGACAAGCGCCUGGCCUACCUGCUGCAGCAGACGGACGAGUACGUGGCCAACCUGACGGAGCUGGUGCGCGCGCACAAGGCCGCCCAGGCCCUCAAGGAGAAGAAGAAGAAGAAAAAGAAGAAGAAGCUGGAGAAUCCUGAAGGUCAAACCCCGGCUCUCGGUCCUGACGGGGAGCCCCUGGACGAGACCAGCCAGAUGAGUGACCUGCCCGUGAAGGUGAUCCACGUGGACAGCGGCAAGAUUCUGACUGGGGUGGACGCCCCCAAGGCAGGCCAGCUGGAGGCCUGGCUGGAGAUGAACCCGGGCUAUGAAGUGGCUCCCAGGUCGGACAGCGAAGACAGUGACUCGGAGGAGGAGGAGGAGGAUGAGGAGGAGCAGCAGCAGCAGCAGCCGCAGCCCACACAGGCCCCGGUGGAGGAGAAGAAGAAGAUCCCAGACCCAGACAGCGAGGAUGUUUCUGAAGUGGACGCCAGGCACAUCAUCGAGCACGCCAAGCAGGACGUGGACGACGAGUACGGCGGCCAGAACUUCGCCAGAGGGCUGCAGUCGUAUUACUCGGUGGCCCACGCCGUCACCGAGAAGGUGGAGAAGCAGUCCUCGCUGCUGGUCAACGGCCAGCUCAAGCAGUACCAGAUCAAGGGGCUGGAGUGGCUGGUGUCUCUGUACAACAAUAACCUGAAUGGCAUCCUAGCCGAUGAGAUGGGCCUGGGGAAGACCAUCCAGACCAUCGCUUUAAUCACAUACCUCAUGGAGUACAAGCGCAUCAACGGGCCCUUCCUCAUCAUAGUACCUCUAUCGACUCUCUCCAAUUGGGUGUACGAGUUUGACAAGUGGGCUCCCUCGGUCGUGAAAGUCUCGUACAAGGGUUCCCCAGCAGCAAGACGUGCUUUCGUCCCUCAGCUCCGCAGCGGCAAAUUCAACGUCCUGCUGACCACUUACGAGUACAUCAUCAAAGACAAGCAGGUUCUCGCCAAGAUCCGCUGGAAGUACAUGAUCGUGGAUGAGGGUCACCGCAUGAAGAACCACCACUGCAAGCUGACCCAGGUCCUCAACACUCACUACCUGGCCCCCCGACGCCUCCUGCUGACCGGCACCCCCCUGCAGAACAAGCUGCCCGAGCUCUGGGCACUGCUCAACUUCCUGCUGCCCACCAUCUUCAAGAGCUGCAGCACCUUCGAGCAGUGGUUCAACGCCCCCUUCGCCAUGACCGGAGAGAAGGUCGACCUCAACGAAGAGGAGACCAUCCUGAUCAUCCGACGUCUUCACAAGGUUCUCCGGCCCUUCCUGCUCCGCCGGCUCAAGAAAGAGGUGGAAGCUCAGCUGCCGGAGAAGGUCGAAUACGUGAUCAAGUGCGACAUGUCGGCCUUGCAACGGGUGCUGUACAGACACAUGCAGGCGAAGGGGGUGCUGCUCACAGACGGCUCGGAGAAGGAUAAGAAGGGCAAAGGCGGCACGAAGACACUGAUGAACACCAUCAUGCAGCUGCGGAAGAUCUGUAACCACCCCUACAUGUUCCAGCACAUCGAGGAAUCCUUUUCAGAGCACUUGGGCUUUACGGGAGGCAUCGUACAGGGGCCUGACCUGUACCGUGCCUCGGGUAAGUUUGAGCUGUUGGACCGCAUCCUCCCGAAGCUGAGGGCAACCAAUCACAAGGUGCUGCUGUUCUGUCAGAUGACCUCACUCAUGACCAUCAUGGAAGACUACUUUGCUUACCGCAACUUCAAAUACCUCAGGCUGGACGGGACCACCAAAGCUGAAGAUCGCGGGAUGCUGCUCAAGGCGUUCAAUGACCCCAACUCCUCCUACUUCGUGUUUCUGCUGAGCACCCGCGCUGGGGGGCUGGGGCUGAAUCUGCAGUCCGCAGACACCGUGAUCAUUUUCGACAGCGACUGGAACCCCCACCAGGACCUGCAGGCGCAGGACCGCGCGCACCGCAUCGGCCAGCAGAACGAGGUGCGCGUCCUGCGACUGUGCACGGUCAACAGCGUGGAGGAGAAGAUCCUGGCCGCCGCUAAGUACAAACUGAAUGUGGACCAGAAGGUGAUCCAGGCGGGCAUGUUCGAUCAGAAAUCCAGCAGCCAUGAGCGGCGGGCCUUCCUGCAGGCCAUCCUGGAGCAUGAGGAGCAGGACGAGGAGGAGGACGAGGUGCCGGACGACGAAACGGUGAACCAGAUGAUCGCCAGGAGCGAAGAGGAGUUUGACCACUUCAUGCGGAUGGACCUGGACCGGCGCCGCGAGGAGGCCCGGAACCCGAAGCGCAAGCCGCGGCUGAUGGAGGAGGACGAGCUGCCCACCUGGAUCAUGAAGGACGACGCCGAGGUGGAGCGGCUGACCUGCGAGGAGGAGGAGGAGAAGAUGUUCGGGCGCGGCUCCCGCCAGCGCAAGGAGGUCGACUACAGCGACUCACUGACCGAGAAGCAGUGGCUCAAGGCGAUUGAAGAAGGCACCCUGGAGGAGAUCGAGGAGGAGGUGCGGCAGAAGAAGACGACCCGCAAGAGGAAGCGCGACCGUGACCUGGACCUGGGGGCGCCCUCCACGCCCACCACCAGCACGCGCAGCCGCGAGAAGGACGAGGACAUCAAGAAGCAGAAGAAGCGCGGCCGGCCGCCCGCCGAGAAGCUCUCCCCCAACCCCCCCAACCUCACCAAGAAGAUGAAGAAGAUCGUCGACGCCGUCAUCAAGUACAAGGACAGCAGUAAUGGCCGGCAGCUGAGCGAAGUGUUUAUCCAGCUCCCGUCCCGCAAGGAGCUGCCCGAGUACUACGAGCUGAUUCGCAAGCCUGUGGACUUCAAGAAGAUCAAGGAGAGAAUCCGGAACCACAAGUACCGCAGCCUCAACGACCUGGAGAAGGACGUCAUGCUCCUGUGCCAGAACGCACAGACCUUCAACCUGGAGGGCUCGCUGAUCUACGAGGACUCCAUCGUGCUGCAGUCCGUGUUCACCAGCGUGCGGCAGAAGAUCGAGAAGGAGGAGGACAGCGAGGGCGACGAGAGCGAGGAGGAGGAAGAAGAGGUGGACGAAGGCUCCGAGUCUGAGUCUCGCUCCGUGAAGGUGAAGAUCAAGCUGGGGCGCAAGGAGAAGAGCCAGGAGCGCGGGAAGGGCCGGCGCCGGCCCGGCCGGGGUUCGAGGGCCAAGCCCGUCGUCAGUGACGACGACAGCGAGGAGGAGCAAGAGGAGGAACGCUCUGCUAGUGGCAGCGAAGAGGACUGAGCUACAUGAAGGACCAAUCCCACAGCUCCCGUCACCCCUGAGCCCCCGCAGUUUUAUGUAGAGCAAGCAACGGGUUAAGGGGUUAGUUGUCAUAGAUGAGCAGAUUUUUUUUUUAGUGAAAACCAACUAUCUUAAAAAAUCAUGGAUGAAACAAAACCGAAGACAAAAGCAAAUAGAAGAGAAACCUACUUCCAUAUUUAUACAGCAGCUGGUAUGAACGUGGGACUGUUCUGCCGUCUUGCCAUUUUCUGGCAAGCUCGUGAAGCUGCAGCGCAAUCGUGACAGUGGGAAGUUCUGGUUUUUAAUUUUUUUUUAUUUCCAUGGCAGUACUGUAUGUACAGAUACAGUAAUAGGAGCCUGUGUUUUCCAAACUGUGAAUGCAUGUGUGUUGUCAGUUAAAAUGCACUCCAAUGUGCUGUUCUGUAUUUUAAACCUAAGCAGGUCAUGAUGACGGCCCUCCCCCAGGGCUUUUAUUUAAAGGGUUUAAGGUGGGGGGGGUGUCUUUCUGUUUGUGUCAAUGUCACUGGAUCUCGAACUACAAUAAAGAAAUCUUACCGAU